AUGAUUUUCAAAUGCACCCGCCAAUUCUCUCUCACUCCCCACCUUCGUACCAUUACCUCGUGUCCCCUUUCGCUUCCGUCGCCGUCGCGGUCGUGGUCGCGGUCGCCACCGCCACUGCCACCACCACCACCAUCGAAGCCUACGAGCUUAUCCAAUCUGGCAGAUCAAUGCCUUUGCAUGCACCAGCUCAAGCAAAUCCACGCCCAAAUGAUCAUCACCGGUCGCAUCCGCGAUGACAACUACGCGGCCAGCCGCUUGCUCGCCUUCUGCUCCCUCUCGGAUGAUGGAGACCUUAAUCAUGCUUUCAAAAUAUUCUCUAGCAUCCAACAACCGAAUUCUUUCAUGUGGAAUACUCUGAUCAGAGCGCUAGCUAGCAGCCCAACGCCUCAGAGAUCUUUGUCUCUCUUUGUUCAAAUGCGAAGGCUCUGCAUUGCUCCCGGUAAACACACCUUCCCUUUUGUUCUCAAGGCCUGUUCUAACUUAAAAUCUUUGUGUGCGUCUACUCAAAUCCACGUCAACGUUUUGAAGUUUGGGCUAGACUCGGAUUUGCACGUGGCUAAUGGCUUGAUCAGGGCUUACUCUGUUUCCGGCUGUUUGAGCCAUGCCCGAAAAUUGUUCGACCAAGCGUCUGUAAGAAAUCUGAGCAUUUGGACUACGAUGAUAAGCGGGUAUGCACAAUCUGAUUGUGGCAGCGAGGCAAUUCAAUUGUUUCAUGAAAUGAUCACCCAUGGCUUUGAGCCCAAUGGAGUUACUUUGGCUUCAGUAUUGUCGGCUUGUGCUCAGUCUGGUGGUUUGGAAUUGGGAGGACAGAUUCAUUCUUAUAUGCAGGAAAAAGGGAUUGAAUUCGGAGUCAUUCUUGGGACGGCACUAGUUAAUAUGUAUGCUAGGAAUGGAGCGUUUGUGCAGGCACGCCAGUGUUUUGCUAGUAUGCAAGAAAGGAACAUAGCAACUUGGAAUUCAAUGAUAUGUGGAUUGGCUGUUCAUGGCCAUGCUAAAGAAGCCCUGGAUUUCUUUAAGAAGCUGGAGCAAGAGAAGGUGAGACCGAGUGAUAUUACAUUUAUUGGAGUCUUGUCAGCAUGCUGCCAUGCUGGAUUGUUUGAUUUUGGUGGGAGAAUUUUCCAUUCUAUGAGCAGGGUGUAUGGGAUUCAGCCUAAGAUAGAGCACUAUAGUUGCAUGGUUGACCUUCUUGGCCGAAGUGGGAAGUUACUGGAGGCUGAGGAGCUAAUAAAAGGAAUGAAAUGGAAAGCCGAUGUAGUGAUUUGGGGAGCCCUGUUGACAGCUUGCAAGAACUUCAAGAAUACUGAUGUUGCUGAAAGGGUAGGAAAGGAAAUUCUUGCUUUGGAUCCACAUAACCAUGGGGUUUAUGUUGUCUUGUCUAACAUGUAUGCAGAGGCUGGCAGAUGGGAAGAUGUGGUAAAGCUGAGGAAGUUUAUGAAGGAAGGACGUCUGAAGAAAACACCCGGGUGGAGCCUAGUGGAUGGCGCUACUUGAUCUUGUAUGCAUGUUUGAUUGCUGGGCAAGCUUUAAUUGCAUUCUCCACCAUGAUGAGGAUCAGAAUCGUGCAAGGAGAUCAUGAUUGUAAGAUUUUAGUUUCACUCCAAAAGAUGACGUCGAGGAAAUUCAGAUCUGAACAUGUUGCCACAUUGGCGAAUUUGAAGGAUGGAUAAUUUUUUAACCUAGAAGUGCAGUUUGUAGUCCAUCAAUGCUGGAUAAAAGUCCUAGGUCUAGAAAGUGGUCAAGUCAUAGCAAGUAUGAAGAGAAAUGGCUUUUUUUGGUCCACAAGUUGACCACUCUUUAGGUCUGUGGUUAGGGAUGGAUCUUUUUCUUUUGAAAGGCAGAGAAGCACAUUUCUAUCUACAUUCUGCAAGCAUGUUGCAAGAGUCAUAGUUGCAGGAACCCUGUUAGAAUUUAGUGAAUUCUACAUGUUUUGUUGCUGAAGUGGAUCAAGUCUAAAUGUAUAUACAUUGAAUCAGCAGACAAGAAGCUCAACGAUAAUUACGUUGAUCCUGCAUCCCUUCAGGAUAUUGCAAAUCAAAUUGCUCGUGCGGAAGGCCCCUGUGCACCGAACAGAGAUUACCUUUUCCAACUUCAAAAGGAGCUUACUUAUAUAGGAUGUGAAGAUAGACAUUUCAUUGGCAUGGCAAAUGAAGUGAGAAGCAAUCUUUCAGGGGCGAAAUUGACUUCUUCAUGAUACUAUGGUUAACAAAGAUGAAGAACUCAAAGAUGAAGAUCUCGGCUUUCAA